CUAAACGAGCGCAAGCAACAAAAGAAACCACCAAAGUGAAGUUGGCCACGUGUCCAUACUACAGUGCGAAAAAAAGGUGGUUACAUUUGUAUCUACCGUCUCAUAAGCGUUUACGACACCGGACAGAUGCGUAUACCAGGUUCUGUAAGACCACCUGGAAAUGUUGGAAGAGGAGUCAUGGCAGAUUGUGCUGUUCUACCAACUGAUGAUGAUGUGGAUACUAUCAUGCAUAUCAGUGGGGAUUUAGACUGCUAAUUUGAGACUGUUGUCAAAUGUUGAAAUAGUAUUUUAUUGUGUUUAUUCCAUUGUGAUUUCUAAGAGUUAAACUUUUGAUUAACACUUUUAUUUAUCAACGUGUAAUAUUAGAUUUUGAAAGUCUUUAGUACAUUUAUAGGAUUGUUCCUAAACAUUGUGACUCCUAAGAGUUUAGACUGUUGAAUUUUUAUGAUUAUAAAAAAAUAAAGUUACUGAAGGUAUUUUGAAGAGUUUUAUGUUUUUUGUUUUUAUUUUGAAUACCUAGUAUGCCUUUUUGAUUAAUAUUAAAGUUAUACUAUUUUGAUCACUUCCAAGUUUUAUUAUAAAAAUUAUUCCCUAAACGGUCAUGGUUACAUAUGAAACCACCAAUUUUUUUCCCUAAACGGGCAUGGCUACAUACGUAACCUCCCCCUACAGCCUAAUCUAAAUAAAUAAAUUUAAAAAUAUCGGACUAUUUCCAAUCCUUAGGGACCCCAUAACCCAUGCCGACACAAAAAAAUCAAAUUCUUCAAAAAAAAUUCUCUGACCUAUAAAGGGUUAACUUGAUUUUUUUUUAACUCGUCGCCGUGUGCGCGCCAUCUUUACCAAUAAAAUGACAAAUUACGACAAGUGAUACAUAUUUCUUUUUUAUUAAAGCCACCUAUUCACGAAAUUGAAUGAACUAGUUCAUAGACAAAAUACUUUUUUUCUCAAUCGGCGCAAAGGUUUGAAUUAAAUUGACAGGCAAAGUUUUGGUACUUUUAAAAGUACCUUCGUUGAUUAUUAGAACAAACUAUUUCAAAACCUUCGGCCUUUAUGACUACAAUUAUUUGGUCCUUCUCAGAGGACCCCAGGGCUUACGAGGUUAAGUUGGAAUCUAAUGAGGUGAAUAGAUUCUGCAUUUAGUAAGUGAGACCAGAGUAGUUUCCUUCCAGUUGUGCAGCAACGACUUCACUUACAGAUUUAAACAAAACACCAUGGAGGAGGUGAUGUUAAGAAGACUAAAAAUAAUAUGUGGCGAAAUAGAGAAAAUAAAUAAGCAAGCCAACAACAUAUUGGUCUCAGUCUCUCUUCUGGAGUCUAUGUCAACACAAGAAGUUGAAAUCAUUGUUCAGAAAUUAGAAACCGUCAUAAAGAGAUUCUGCGAUGAAUUGAAUAAUUAUUUUAGAAUAGCUCAGGAGCCUGCGGCUGAUGAUAUUUCAAGUAUGAGCAUUAUUCAACUUGGCGCAGAAGAAAAUUUAGCUGAGUUAAGAAUAAAAUUAAACAAUAAGAAAGCUAAUAUGUCUACAAGGGCGAAAAGCACGACGUUUGUCUCUGGGAAAUUACCAAAGUUAUGUCUAGCGGAGUUUGAUGGCAAUAUAUUAAAUUGGCAUCAAUUUUGGGACCAAUUUAACUCUAACAUACAUUCAAGAAAUCUGUCGGACGUCGAUAAGCUGUUAUAUUUAAAGGCAUCUUUGAAUGGCGAAGCGCAGAAGGCACUUGAUGGUCUGGAAACCACAAAUAAAAAUUACCAGAUAGCUGUAACGGCGUUGAAAGAAAGAUAUGGUAAACAUAACUUACUUAUAGAUUCACAUUAUGCAGCAUUAUAUAAGAUUAAAGGCGCCGAGAAUAACAAUGAAGACUGUAGGAAGGUUUUGAAUGAGGUUGAACAACACCUAAGAGUUUUAUCUUCUCUAGGAGAAAACAUUAACCACAAUCAUCUUCGCUUCAUGAUUAUGGAGAAAUUUCCGGAAAACAUUAUAUACGAGUUAAGGUCAAAAACUAAUGCUGAUUCUAUUAGCGACAUUAGAAAGGAACUGGAGAACAUAAUAUCUGCCAAGGAGGAUGCUUGUCGCAUUACUAGGGAGAGUAACAAAGAUAAACAUGUAGCAUAUACGGUUGAAACACUUCACGUAAGUAACGAACCUGUAAAUGAGAGAAGCUUACCUUUUAAAGAAGACCACGGUAAUUUCAGAUUUGAGAGAGACUCGAGAAAUCUGCAGAAGAGAAAUCGUAGUCCCGUUCAUAUUUAUGAAGAGAAAAGAACAAAAUUCAUGUGUAUAUUUUGUAACGAAAAUCACUACAAUGAUCAAUGCACUAAAUUUAAAACAAUUGCACAACGGAAAGAGAAAUUAGGAAAUCGGUGUUAUGGGUGCCUAAGGAGUGGACAUAGCCUCAGAACAUGUAGGAAACAGCGGAAGUGUCAAUAUUGUGGACAAGUCGGCUGCCACGAUAGAGCCUUGUGUCCCAAAAGAGACUACUGAUUUCGGGUUUCAUGACCUUGAAAACAAUAUCCUAA